UGAUGAAUAAGUUAACCUAGAAUACUGAGUUACAUAGAGCCAGUGCAUAUUGUCAUGUGAUAACAGUCAAAAUGGCAGUGAUUGUGUUGAUACUGUGCAUUUCUGUAAUUUGUAAUGUAUUUUCUACUGCACAAGCUGAUGUAAAAUGGUGUGUGACGUCACAACCAGAAUCAGCUAAAUGUGAAUCCUUAAGAAAAUAUUUAGCUGAUAAUCACUUAACUCAGUUGAGGUGUAUUAAAGGAGGAAGCCGUUAUGAAUGUUGGAGAUACAUUAAAAAUGGUGACGCUGAUUUAAUUCGAGUUGAUGACACAGAAAUAUAUUCAGCUGGAAAACUUUACGAUUUAAAACCGGUCGCCAAGGAAACAUUUUCCUCAGAUUCGAAUGCAGAAACGUUUAUGUAUAAGGCUGUGGUAGUUGUAAAAGCUGAUGGACCAAUCAAGUCUUUGGAAGAUCUUCGUGGAAAGAAGUCAUGUCAUACCGGGGUAGGAAGGACUGUGGGUUGGACUAUACCUGUAUCGUCGUUAUUGAAAGAGAAGAUAAUGCCUCAAGCUGACUGUGACAAUACUGUUAAAUCAGUAGCAGCAUUCUUCUCACAGAGUUGUGCUCCUACAGCUUUUACAUCCAUUAACGAUCCUUAUGAUGAUAAUCCAACCAAUAUCUGUGAAAUUUGCCAAAACAAGUUAUGUCCUAAGGAUGAACAAUUUUUUGGUUAUCUGGGAGCUUUCAAAUGUCUUAACGAUGGUAUGGGAGAUGUGGCUUUUGUAAAGCAUAGAACUAUAGAUGAUGCUGUAGAUGCUGGCAUAAACGUUAAUAAAGAAAACCUUCGUCUUCUCUGUAGAGAUGGUAGUCUAAAACAUGUUAAUGAAUGGAACAUGUGCAAUUGGGCGACCAGGCCAACAGAUGUUAUCAUGACGUCAUCAUCUAAGAACGAAAUGGACAUUGGUCAACUGAGAACGUUUCUGGAAAGUCUAAAUGCUUCAGCUAGUGUUGGUUUCUUUCAAUCUGGCUCUGGUGGAAAGGAUCUUAUGUUUACUGAUGGAAUAAACCAUUUGAUUGGUAUAGGAAAGUCGCAAGCCAAUUAUAAAACUUACUUAGAACCGGGAUAUUUAACCAGCAUGGAAAAUUAUACUUAUUGUGGCAUAAAUUUCCGAUGGUGUGUCAAAACAGCAGUCGAAAAAGAUAAGUGUAAUGACAUGAAGGCAGCAUUGAUUUCUAAAAGGAUCACAAGAGAAAUGGAAUGUGUCGAUGGGGCCAGCAAUGAUGACUGUAUUGAACAGAUUGAACAAGGUACAGCAGAUGUGAUGACUCUUGGAGCGAAAGAAGUGUAUUCAGCUGGAAGAUAUGAAAAUCUCGUACCUAUUUCUGCUGAGAAUUACAAAGAUAUUGGUGAAGAAGGAACAAGUUAUUGGGCAGUUGCCGUAGUUAGAAAACAAAACCGGGGGGUAAACAUCAAUAAUUUGAAAGGUACCAAAUCCUGUCACACGGGGAUAAUGAAACAAACCGGUUGGAUAUUACCAGUAGGCUUUCUAAUAGCUCAUGGUCAAAUGGCAAAAACAGACAAAUGCAAUAUGGCAGUGAACGUUGGUAAUUUUUUCAAAGAGAGUUGUGUUCCCGGUGCCUUGAAUCCAAAGUACAACCCAGAUGGUACAAAUCCUAAGAAUCUGUGUUCACUUUGCGGUGGUGAACAGUUUUGCCACAGGAACGUUACAAAUAAGUAUUACAGUUACAUAGGAGCACUUCGCUGCCUUGUUGAAAAGAACGCAGAUGUAGCGUUUGUGAAACACACAACAGUUAUGGACGUUGUGAAUGGUGACAAAGGUGAACCAUGGUCUGCAUCCUUAACAUCCACAGACUUCGAACUUUUGUGCCUUGACGGAUCUAGGCAACCGGUGACAGAAUGGGCAACCUGUAAUUUAGCAAGAGUACCAUCGCAAGCUGUAGUAACAAAUAAGAAAAAGUCAGAAACAAUCAGAAAGCAUUAUCAAAGGGUUCUAAAUAAGGCUCAAUAUUAUUACAAUAACCAGAGUUCCAUUUUCAAUUUCUUUCAACCACCUAGUGGUUCUAAAGACGUGAUUUUCAAAGACAAAAUCGUCAAACUAACAAACAUUCCUCCCCUCAUACAAAAUUAUAAAACAUGGCUUGGGGCUGAAUAUUUGAAAGCUUUGGAAGCAAUCGAUGUACACCAGUGCACAAGCAAUGCAAAUCCGAUUGGCCAAACACAACUGAGUUUGGUUGUUCUGUUUGCAGCCAUUCAUAUUGUCAGAGUGGUUGUUUGAAAACUUGUUUUUUAUUUGUUUUUUGUUUGUUUUGUAGCUAUAAUAUUAUCAAGUGUCCACCUAACCUAUAUUUUUACUAACAUAAUUCACAAAGAACUAAUUAUUGCACUGCACUCUAUUAAUAUCAAGAAGCAUCAUGUCGACCGGCAAUAUUGCAAAAGGCAGCAUCGCUGCUUUUAUUAAAAACUUAAACUGGUACCUAGGCGGUUGCCUAUAGUCGGUCAGGUGUGCGAUUUGAGAGUAUUACUAAUUGCUUAUAUUUAUGUCACUACUGUUAAGUCGAUAAGAAUAUUCGUAUGUGCUAGGUAACUGGAAACCGACUUGUCACGAUGAAACAUUGAGAGUUAUAAUAUCACUAAUGAUUAUACACGUUUUGUAUUUUUUGUAGAUAUCUUUUCAUCUUAUCUUUUGUUUAGCUUAUGUAAUAAAUACUAUUUAGUAAAA